AAACCCCUCUCUAUAUCUCUCUCUCAUUUCCCAAUACGUACAUCACUAUUUAUUUCUCUCUCUCUGUCUCGUUUGAUCAGCGAGACUUUGAAGAGUGAAUUACAAAAGAGUUUGGUUUGGUUUGGUUAUUUCGAGGAGUGUUAUACCGUUAUGAAUGACUUUACAUAAAUUCUUGUGAUUCUACUCUUUAUUUUUCUGGGUUUCUUUUGACCUAUUUUGUUUUUAAUUUUCUCAAAGAAAAGAAGCGUUGCUUAUUCUUCCCAGUUCUAAAGAAGGAGAAAAGGAUGAAGAACGAGGAACAGUCAAGAUCUCUGUUUGGAAUCUCUCUGUCUGAUCGACCAACAUGGCAACAGUUUCUCAUCUGCACGUCUGGUUUCUUCUUUGGUUACCUCGUCAACGGAGUUUGCGAGGAAUAUGUUUAUAAUCGCCUGCAAUUUAGCUUUGGUUGGUACUUCACCUUUAUACAAGGAUUUGUCUACUUGUUCCUCAUCUACCUUCAAGGCUUCACCACAAAGCAUAUUGUGAAUCCUAUGAGAACUUAUGUCAAACUCUCUGCUGUUCUCAUGGGAUCACAUGGUUUAACCAAAGGCUCUUUGGCUUAUCUCAAUUAUCCUGCUCAGAUCAUGUUUAAAUCCACCAAGGUGUUGCCUGUGAUGAUAAUGGGAGCGUUCAUACCCGGUCUGAGGAGAAAAUACCCGGUCCAUGAAUACAUUUCAGCCUUCUUGCUGGUUCUUGGUUUGAUACUAUUCACAUUAGCAGACGCACAAAUGUCUCCAAACUUCAGUAUGAUUGGGAUUCUGAUGAUUACUGGUGCAUUGAUCAUGGAUGCUUUCUUGGGUAAUCUCCAAGAAGCCAUUUUCACAAUGAAUCCCGAGACAACUCAGAUGGAGAUGCUUUUCUGCUCGACGGUUGUUGGAUUACCGUUCUUGUUUGUUCCCAUGGUCUUAACCGGAGAGCUAUUCCGUGCUUGGACUGCGUGCUGGCAACAUCCGUAUGUGUACGGAGUGCUUGUAUUCGAAGCAAUGGCCACAUUCAUCGGUCAAGUCUCGGUUCUAUCCCUCAUUGCCCUCUUUGGAGCCGCUACAACCGCCUUGAUAACAACGGCUAGGAAAGGCGUUACGUUGUUGCUGUCGUAUUUGAUAUUCACCAAGCCGUUGACUGAGCAGCACGGGUCUGGAUUGCUGUUGAUAGCAAUGGGAAUAGUGUUGAAGAUGGUUCCUAUGGAUAGUAAACCUCCUAGCAAGAUUCCGGCGAGACCAGCGGCUAGGAACGCCGGAGGUGAGGGUGGUAGAGAAGAGGAAGAAGAGAGGAAGUCAUUGGUUUAAUAAUGUUGCCAUGUAUCUAUCUAUAUAUACUUUAUUUCAGAAGCUUAAAGGAUUUAUAGACAAAAAAAACACAAAA